AUGAAGCGCGUAGUGGGGAGCCCGGGGACAUGGAGCGGCAUGGCGCUGCGGCUGUCGCAGUGCGCCUUCGCCGCCGCGUCCACCUUCUCCAUGGUCUCCGGCUUCGGCUACUCCAACUACAGCGCCUUCUUCUACAUGAAUCUAGCGUUGAUCCUGCAGAUUAUGUGGAGUUUGGGCCUUGCUUGUAAGGAUAUCUUUGCUCUAAGGAAUAAAAAGGAUCUUCACACCCCACAUGAUCUAUUGUUCUUUGUUGUCAUUGACUGGGCCUUGGCGACUCUCAUGUUCUCAGGAGCCUGUGCCUCCGCGAGCCUCACAAUUUUCUUCAUGUGGGAUGUGAACCUCUGCGGGGCAUACUCACGUCUGGCCUGCCGGCAGUUCGCGCUUUCGGUCACCCUGGCGUUCAUGACGUGGGUGUUGCAAGCUGCAUCAUCUUUCUCUGGGUUGUGGCUACUGGUUUCAUUCUUCUAG